AAGCUGCAAAUGUUUAGCAUAGAAUCAAUACAGAAACAUCUGAAAUUUCAAAAUUAACAAAUAGUGUAAAAAUUGUGCACGAUAAAAAAACACAAAUAAAAACAAAAAUAUAAUAAAUUCUUGCCAAAAUUUUUAAGUAAUAUGAGUGAACUUGAUGUAAUGCAAUAUCUAUUGGUUCAACGGAAUCGUGAACGUGAACUAAUGGCCAAGAAAGAUCAACUUAAGGAGCGUCUACGUAAAAUGAAAAAACAACUACAAUUAUUUGAGCAUCGUGAUGAUGAGAUACCUUGCCUGAUAGCCUCUAACAAUUUAUAUCAAAUGGCCAAUGUUCGAACGGUGCGAGAAGCUCUAUCGGGACAUUUGACGGUCGUAAUGAGGACAUUUUUGAAGACUCAUCGCAAAUUGUUGCGCGUCCAGCGCCGCAUGCGUCAUGUCCACACAGCAUUCUUUAAUAAUGUGGAUCGACAAGUGGCCAAUCAAUAGAGAGAAGAAGCGAAGGCCAAGGACAAGGUAGCCCAAAAAGCAAAUUUUCCAUAUCAACUUAGUGAUUACAAACAUCUUCUGCAAAUUUUCCUUAUCAACUUAGUGAUUACAAACAUCUUCUGCCUUGUCUUUAGCAUAAUUAAAUGUGUAAUUUUGUAUUUGUCUUGGA